GUCGAUGCCACCGAAAACAUGUCGCAACCCCAAUCUGAGUGGAGUCCAGAGCACAACACGUAUCUAUGCACGCAGUGGGACCCACAGCAAGGGCGUUUCUAUCGGACAAAAUAUGUAAACGGACAAUGGGUCUUCCUCGACUGGCUUCCGGUCCGCCGUGCUGAUUCGCCGCACGACAUCAGAGAAAGGCCGGCUGUUCACCGGGCUGUAGAAGGGCCAACGAUAGUAGGCACCUACAAUCCACACAUGCCAACGUCAAACGGCCGUGUGGAGCGGUUGGAUCCAUCUUACUGCGUCAGAGAUGGUAGCUUCUUCAGGACUGGCAAGGUCUUCUCGGUUCUCUUCAGUGAAGCUGCUGGAUCGACAGCAACCCCAUACAACGACUCUUUCUCAGUUGUGAAGUUUGGUGAAGUUGUGCACAGCCAGAUCCGGCGCUUUAUUGUAAUCAGUCCAAGGCAAGGUUUCUGCUAUGCUAUUCCCAUCUUCACGUACAAUGGCAACGGAACAAAGAAACCGGGCUUAGAUCCCAUUGCACAUGCGAUUGCCUACUCUGAAGGCUAUCUGCCUUCGCUGUUAGAAGGGGAAACUAAGCUUGAGAAGGAGCCUAUUUGCAAGUCAUUCAGAUACAGGUUCUUGUGCAAUCAGGCACUAACUUCACGGACCAAUCUAGGCAUCACCAUGACGCCAAAUGUUCCUCCACUGGUUACAGCAUCACGAAUCUUCUUUGGGAUACAUCACCCCAUCCAGCACAACGUCAAAGUCAAGGAUGUCGGUAAAGUACAUCCCGACGAUAUUACUAAUCUCUUAGAUUACUGGAACAUGCACAACCCUGUAAUCAGUGCUUGA